AUGCGGUUCAACUUAUUCAAAAGUAAUAAGAAAUCUCACGCACAACAAGACGAUCUUCCAAGAUCUUCAUCAUCUUCCAAUCAAGAGGGCCCAUCCAGGAGGGGAGCCAAAGUGGCGGAUGCGGCCAACGUGUUCCUCGACUCUAUGGCAAAUAUAGCAGAGGCAUCCGAUGUACUAAGCCCUCUCAAAGCUGCUUGUCGAGCGACCAAAACGGUCCUCGACACCGUUCAAAGUGUCAAGAGUAACCAAGAAGCUUGGCUAGAUCUCAUCCACCGUAUUAAAGACUAUCUAUCGGCUCUCGAGCAGCAAAUCACCUUGUUUGAACGCAAUCGUCCAGAGGACAUCGACGGGCCCUUCGACGAGGCAUUCAGUCAACCACUCAUACGUUACGUCCAACUCCUUGAGGAUCUCCAUGACAAGAUCGUUGAUUCGAGGGGAAAACAGAGCGGCAAAGUCGUCGGGGGACUUGCAGCAAUCGGUACAAUCAAGAUUGAUGCUGUGGAUAUCCAAAAGUACAACCAAGAGAUCGAGGAUCGGCAUAGGCAGUUUUUGGAUGCACUGAAUGUGUAUACUGCACACGGUGUGCGAGGCAUCCAGCACCACACCAAAGAUAUCAAACGCAAGGUGGAUACCAUCUUGACAGAAGUUGACUCCGUUGCCAUACUCCAAUUGCCAAUGGUCGUCUCCGUUGCAUCAUCAGUCCACAAUACCUGUCUUAAAGGAACACGCGAAGCCGUCCUCGAGACAAUCUCGCAGUGGGCCGACGACGAUUCGUCGAGGAAGCCAAUCUUCUGGCUUUGCGAUAUAGCAGGCUCUGGCAAGUCGACAGUCGCCAUGUCCGCAGUGGAAGCAUGGAGGAAGCAGGGAAUCUUGGGUGGCCGAUUCUUCUUCUCUAUGACAAGCAAUGAAGGAUCAAAUACCGACAAGUUUUGCUCCACCAUUGCGAGAGAGCUUGUUCAGCACAUCCCCGAGCUUGGGCCGCCAAUCGCGGAGGCCGUGAAGCGAAAUCCUGCUCUCCUGCGAAGUUCUUUUGACGAGCAGUUCCGGAUGCUCAUCACCGGGCCCCUUCAGCAUCGGAAACAGCACAUCAUCCUUGUUAUCGACGCAAUAGAUGAAUGCAAGUCGGGUCCACAGAGAAGGGAACUGGUCGAGACUCUCUCUGCUACCGCACAGGAGAACAACAGCCUCCGAAUAUUUAUAACAAGUCGCCCGGACCCGGUCAUCGAAAAGGUUUUGGAGCCGCUCUCGAUAAAGGCCAAAUUGACAGAUCGCCUCCACGACACCAACCAUCGCGAUAAUACCGAUGACAUCGCGGCCUACAUCCACAAAUCACUGGAUGGAGUACUAUCUUUCGCAAAGAGGCAGCAGUUGGUCAACAAAGCCAACGGACUGUUCAUUUGGGCGAGCACUGCACGUCGAAUGUUCGACAAUGAAUCUUCCGCACUCGAUCCCGAGAGUAUAUAUGAUGGCUUAAUGUCCAUUGACCAGCCUGGGGCCAUUGACGGUGUAUAUGACCUCAUAUUCGAGCGUAUCGACCAAGCGUCCAAGGCUGUGAUUGGUGAAAUGCUCGGCAUGCUGCUCGCUGCAUUUGAGCCACUCACCACCGGCGAUCUGGAGGACCUUGUUAAGCAUACGAAAGUGCGCGGGAAUGUCAGGGCAAUGCAGAUGAUUUUAGGAAGCAUACUCAAGGUGGAUCCAACGACAAACUCGAUCCAGUUCCGCCAUCCCACUGUCGUCGAGUACCUUCGGCGCCGCUGCAUUGCCCCCACUACCGAUACCCGCGAUAGGAUCCAUAUCAAAAUUGCCCAUGCGCACGGCCAGGCUGCUUCCUGGUGUCUUCAUCGUCUUAACUCGCCCGUCGAAGGUCUCAAGUUCAACAUAUGCGGGAUCGAGUCGUCCUUUUAUCUGAAUAGGCAGAUUCCAGACCUCGAGGCGCGGGUAGCAAACUUCAUUUCACGGAGGCUUCGCUAUGCCAGUUUGCACUGGCCGUUCCAUGUGUCAGCGAUGGAUGAUGGCUCAGGACACAAGCUACAGAACGAACUGGCACAUAUAGUCAAAAGUCCUUUUGCACUCUACUGGAUGGAGAUAUUGAGUGUGACGGGAGGAGUGAUGCGAGCAAUAUCUGGACUUCGAGCUGCUGCACAGCGUCAGAGUAUUGAAACGGAGACCAGGAUUCGGAUGAAUGACAUCAGGAGGUUUUUGAUGGCAUUUUCCGUGCCGAUACAAGAGAGCACUCCUCAUAUCUACAUCUCACUACUCCCAUUCAGCCCGAGAAGGUCAACACUACAUACUGAGGGUCUAAAGGAGCAUAUGAAUGCACUUUUAGUGACCAGGGGCCUUGACGAGACAUACCCUGAGCUCCCCAGAAUACUUCAAGGUCAUAACAAGGAUAUCAACGAUGUUGCACUCUCACCCGAUGGCUCUCGAAUCGUUUCUGGCUCAGAUGACAUGACGCUUCGACUGUGGGAUGCAGAGACUGGCCAGCCAUUGGGAGAGCCACUCCGAGGACAUCAACUUGGGGUCACCGCUGUCGCAUUCUCGCCAGAUGGCUCGCGAAUUGUGUCUGGCUCAGAUGACAAGACAAUUCGACUGUGGGAUGCAGAGACUGGCCAGCCGUUUGGAGAGCCACUCCGGGGUCAUCAAAACUCGGUCACCGCUGUCGCAUUCUCGUCAGAUGGCUCGCGAGUUGCCUCUGGCUCAGGUGACAUUACAAUUCGACUGUGGGAUGCAGAGACUGGCCAACCGGUGGGAGAGCCACUCCGAGGUCAUCAAAACUCGGUCAGGGCUGUCGCAUUCUCGCCAGAUGGCUCGCAAAUUGUCUCUGGCUCACGUGACAACACAGUUAGACAGUGGGAUGCAGAGACUGGCCAGCCGUUUGGAGAGCCACUCCGAGGUCAUCAAGACUGGAUCAACGCUGUCGCACUCUCACCAGAUGGCUCUCGAAUCGUCUCUGGCUCAGAUGACAUGACUAUUCGACUCUGGGAUGCCGAGACUGGCCAGCCAUUGGAGGAGCCACUCCGAGGUCAUCAAGGCUGGGUCUGGGAUGUCGCAUUCUCGCCAGAUGGCUCACAAAUUGUCUCUGGCUCAGAUGACAAGACAAUUAGACUGUGGGAUGCAGAGACUGGCCAGCCGAUGGGAGAGCCACUCCGAGGUCAUCAACUUGGAGUCAUCGCUGUCGCAUUCUCGCCAGAUGGCUCACAAAUUGUCUCUGGCUCACAUGACAAGACAAUUCGAAUGUGGGAUGCAGAGACUGGCCAGCCGUUGGGAGAACCAUUCCGGGAUCAUGACUCGGUCGGGCCUAUCGCAUUCUCACUAGAUGGCUCUCGAAUCACUGGCCAGCCGUUGGGAGAGCCACUCCGAGGUCAUCAAGGCUGGGUCACGGCUGUCGCUUUCUCGCCAGAUGGCUCACGAAUUGUCUCCGGCUCUUCAUACAUAACACUGUGGGAUGCAGAGACUGGCCAGCCGUUGGGAGAGCCACUCCGAGGUCAUCAAGGCUCGGUCAUCGCUGUCGCAUUCUCGCCAGAUGGCUCGCGAAUUGUGUCUGGCUCAGAUGACAAGACAACUCGACUGUGGGAUGCAGAGGCUGGCCAGCCGUUGGGAGAGCCACUCCGAGGACAUCAACUUGGGGUCACCGCUGUUGCAUUCUCGCCAGAUGGCUCGCGAAUUGUCUCUAGCUCUGGUGACAGGACAAUCCGACUGUGGGAUGCAGAGACUGGCCAGCCGUUUGGAGAGCCACUCCGGGGUCAUCAAAACUCGGUCACCGCUGUCGCAUUCUCGUCAGAUGGCUCGCGAGUUGCCUCUGGCUCAGGUGACAUGACAAUUCGACUGUGGGAUGCAGAGACUGGCCAGCCGUUGGGAGAGCCACUCCGAGGUCAUCAAGACUCGGUCAGGGCUGUCGCAUUCUCGCCAGAUGGCUCGCGAAUCGUCUCUGGCUCAUAUGACAAGACAAUUCGACUGUGGGAUGCAGAGACUAGCCAGCCAUUGGGAGAACCACUCCAAGGUUAUCCAGACUGGUUCAGCGGUGGUAGUUUCUCACCAGAUCGCCUGCGAGUUGUCUCUGCUUCACAUGAAAGCACUAUCCAAAUCUGGAGGGUGCAGAAUUAUACUUACUCUGCGCCUUCGGGCCAUGACAAUUCUACUGUAGUCAAAUCCACAAUUUUUGUACCUGGGGUCGGUGAAUGUUCUCUGCUGCGUGAUGGCUGGGUACAGUCUUCUGGUCGAUUCAUUUUCUGGGUACCACCUCCCAAUCGUCAUGGAAUCAAGAAUCCAAACCUCCUUCUGACUAUGCCAACAUCUAGUCACCUACGUGCGACCCACCUCGAUUUCACUCAUUUUCAAUGCGGGACAUCUUGGACAAAAGUACGAACAAAUUCGUAG